GCAUCGUCCCUUCUUAUCGUCCUGUUCCUAGUUCUACAAAACAUCAGGUUCCUGAGGAUAAUAUUGUUUGGGGGAAUCAUCUCCUGAAUACUUAAUUCUUUCUCUCUUAAUACCCCGCUAUUAGCCCCUCAACCAUCAACAUGCCUCCCGUCAUCCACCUCGUCCGCCAUGCCCAGGGCGUCCACAACCUCACAACAGCAAACCACGUAAUCCACGACCCCUCCCUCACCGACCUCGGCCAUGAACAAUGCCGCACCCUCCGCAACGCCUUCCCCUACCACGACCGCAUCGAGCUCGUAACCGCCUCUCCGCUGCGCAGAACCCUCUACACAGCGCUGCAUAGCUUCGAGCCUGCCUUUGAGAAAGGCGAUGGUGUGAAACUCAUUACAUUGCCAGAUGUGCAGGAGACUAGUGACGUUCCUUGUGACACGGGGAGUGAUCCGGAGGUUUUGGAGAGGGAGUUUGUGGAGAAGGGGUUGCCGGUUGAUUUGGAGUUGUUGGAGGAUGGGUGGAAUAAUAAGUUUGAAGGUCGCUAUAAGCCUACCAACCAGGCGAUCAAGGAUCGUGCCCGUGACGCAAGACGGUGGUUAAAGGCCAGACCCGAGAAGGAGAUUGUUGUGGUGACUCAUGGUGGCUUCCUGCAUUAUCUCACCGAGGACUGGGAGGAUAGCUCUCAAUACCAGGGUACCGGCUGGGCCAACACUGAAUACCGCACCUACGUCUUCUCGGAAGAAGAGCACAAAGACGACCUCGAAGGCUACUUGCUCGAUGGCGAUAACGCAAGUCUCGUCGAGACAGCGGACUCGCGCAGCCGUCGCGGAAAGGACGGCCCCACUCCCCACCGCGAGCGCCAGAGGACGCUGUACAAGCUUGGUACGCAGGGGUGGGAGGACCAGGGGUUGCAGCUUAGUACGGCUGAGAGAGAAGCUGCUAAGGUACCUGGUGGGAAGGAGGUUGGGGGAGUGAGGGUAUAAAGGAUAAAGAGUUAUUUUCGGUUCAUCUUCAUUAUGUUGUUUGGUUGAGAAUGGGCUUGGGAUAAUAGAGAUGAUUAGAUAAUAGAUCAAAGAGAAUAUCUGUUGAUGUGAG